AGGAAAAUGGCUUUGACCAUUUUUGUUAUUUUCUGGAUUCUUCUAAGAAGCACCAGCUGCCUGUUUCAGUGUAUCCCCGAAACUCUUGAUGACUCGGAGUUUUACAUUAAUGUAACAGAGCACAUUACAGAGCAGUCCACCAACUGUAUUCGGAUCCCAUAUGAAGUGACUUUUCCACGAGACAAGGUGACAGUCCCGUACAAGAAGAUAUUAUUUAAAGGAGAUCCUUCAAAUGUUGUUGACACAAAAAUUAUCAAUGACAUGAGUAAUUUUGCAAAGGAUAUUUUGUCAAUAACUUCGCUUCCACCUGGAGAACACAAGUACGGCGUCAAACUUGAAUGGGGCUGCAAUCAGACGUAUGUUUUCCCUAAACGGAUUCACAUUUCCGCAUUAACAACUGAACCAACUGUUCUGUCUUCUUUGAUGGUGGAAAGACAGUAUACAAGACUGACCUGCUUGGCUUCUAGGCCAUGCACCGGUGAAGUGUUUUUGUCUUGGAAAUGGACAGAUGCUGAUGGACAAUCUAGAAUGAUGGACAGUAACCUCGACGAUUAUGAUUACAUACGGUGGCAUGUAAGAUUUGGAUCCAGACCUGGUCUGCGACACAGAGGUAUAAGUAAUUUACAAGUUAUUCCAACGGCGGAUCAUCACAACACCAACAUCACAUGCAUUGCAACAUAUGAUCACGAUGUUGCUGAGACAACUGUCACCUUGACUGUGAAAUUCUCACCCAGAAUCCUGAACAGCUCUCAUUGCACUGUUAAAGGGGAGCUGCUGCUCUGCGUGUGCAUCAGCUGGGGCAAUCCUCCGCCACCAAUCUUUUGGCCUUCGGAAACCCUCACAGAUUACGCGGUCACCAGUUUCAGCAACGCUGAGAGAGUAAACAGCACCCUCGCCAUGCCUGCAGCUAAAUAUCACAAUGACACCGUUAAAUGCAUGAGCAGAAAUGAAGUCGGUCAGGCGGAAAGUGAACUCCAGAUUCAAAACUCCACGGAGCACGACAGGGUGAACUUCUCCAGGAUCAGCUCUUCCCUGGCUAACAGGGGUGGGUUUCACUCUGAACCUUGUUUUUAUUGCUCUUUUCAUCUGUAUUUACCUAAGGAGCAGAAAACAGCAGAAGGAAUCGCGUGAAGAAGCAGACACCUAUGCGACUUUGAGAAAAGCAGACAUGGAUGAAGCGUACAGCACUAUUUUUCCACAAAAUAGAUGAAGUCUGCAAGUCCCAAUUGUGAAUUACAGGAAGUAACGUGUAAUGUUUUGUUUUGGGUUUUUUAAGUACAUGACAUGUAUUUUAAAAAUGCUGUUUAAAUUAUGCGCUUCAGUGACCUACAGUCCAAAAUGCCUCAUUAUGCCAAACAUGUUUAUGAUAUCCUUCAAUAUGAGGUGAGCAGCUCACUGUGCUUUUACACCCAUAAACCUACAAAGACAUGACAGACACAAAAUAUGAAACUUUUAUAACUUUAAAAAAAAAAAUUUUUUUUUGCAUAUUUGUUGAAACUGUGACCAUGUUGUGACAUUAUAGUGCAAGACAGAUAAUCAGUGAAAGGAUCAGGCGCCUCCUCUUCCUCUCAGUAAAAAAGCAACCAAUCAGAGCAAGGAGGAAGGUCUUAGCGCUGUCAUUCACUCUUGUGAAAGCGCUGCUAAAUCUGUUAACAGCUUUAGCAGAUUUAGCUGAAGCAGUGAGUUGUUUCGGAACUCAGUGUUACAAGACAAAUAUUUUCAGGUUCAAUUACAAUGCAGUGGUGUACAUGACAUGAUUGACAGCACUAAGACCCUCCUCCUGGCUCUGAUUGGUUGUUCUUGUUAGCACUGGGAGCAAUGGGAGACGGCAGAAGAGCUUGUUUUUUUUUCAGUUUGUGUAUUUCAUACUAUACAGUCACGACAGUGAUGGUUUCAAGAAAUAUAUAGAAACGUGUGUUUUAAAAGUCACAUAUCUGGACCUUUAACGCCUGGCCAUCUUGCUUCCUUGCUCUCUGUAAUACUCUGUGAUUACCAAACUUACAUGUCAAGAUGAAACACAGCCGUGGGACUUAAGACGAUAAAAUUAAUCAGAUGGUCAUGACAACGCACCAUAAUUUGGUUAAAGACUGUUUUUCUGUGGUCAGGACUUCACAUUAUCUGCAGAAUACUCCAUGUGAAUCUGGUGUGAAUAAAGCUGUGUCAGCACA